CUUCGGAAACCGCGCGGCGGUGCACAAUGGAACGAAGAGAGUGCAGCUUCUGCGACGUCACAUUGUUGUGAGCGGUAUAGAUUACAGGCUUCGAAUUUUUUAUGUGUUUUUUUAUUUUUAUUUUCUGCUUCUUUGAACUUAAGUACAACGCGUCUUCUAUGUACAUGCGCUACGCGUAGAAGCUUGCGAUACGACCUGAAACGACAGAAUCCGCAGACGGUGCUCCUUUUGUUUUCGUGUUGUCGCUCAGCUGCUUGCCUCGAAAGUGCUAUGACGUACGACCUGCACAUGAGAGCACGCGCUCGCAGCUCGCACUCUUGCUGCAGACGCGGCGAGGACACUGAAGCGAUGAAAAGGCAGCACGGCGCUGGCGGGAUCCCGUGCAUGCUCAACGUUCCUUAAAAGCGUUCCACGGCUGCAGACGAUAUUAUACGAGCUCCUGAAACGUGAGCUUAGAGAAAAAAAAAGGAAAAAGCGGCUACUGAAGCGGCGAAAACAAAGCAGACUCGAAUCCUACGCGAGCGAAACAGACUUCAAGGGCGGCAUGAAACUGAAAGCUCCAGCUGUCAUCGUGUUCUUCGUUCCGGUAGUGCUGGACUUAUGGAUGUUCUCAGUGGCCGUAAGUGUUCUACCCAGCAAGUUGAUCACAUUGACGAAGGAUCACACAGAAGACUACAUCGAAAGUCCAAACUAUCCCGAUGACUAUUACCCUCAAGACACACAAAUUCAAUACAAAGUUGAGGUGAAGAUGGGAAACAACGUGCUCCAGGAGAUGGCGCGGAUCCAGGUGACGUUCGAGGUGUUCUUGAUGGAGCGUAGUGCCUUCUGCCACAAGGAUGGCCUCGACAUCGUCGACAGAACCGGCGAAGUGAGAGCGUACUGCGGUCCCCAGAGCGGCCGCAACUUUCUGAUGGAGGACAGCGUCAUCAUCAUGCGGAUGUACACGGACGCAAACGGGCGCGAUCGUGGCUUCCGGAUCCGUGUUCGCCUGCAUCAGUCACCCUGUGGUGGUGUGUUGCGGCUUUCCCGGUCGGGAUACAUCACUACGCCCGACUAUCCGUACAGUUACGGGGCCCACAGGUUGUGUGUAUGGAGGAUACAGGCCACCUUUGGCAUGCGCAUCAAGCUGAGCUUCGAUGGCUACUUCGAUAUGAGAAGCGACGACCAUGACACCUGCUUCAUGGAUUAUCUCGAGAUUAGCCGAUCGGGCAAGUUCGAAACUGACUCGCAGCGGUACUGCGGACAGACGCGACCCAAGACGAUCAUGUCUACUACUAACAAGGUUGAGCUGAAGUUUGUGAGUGACUGCUGCGAGGAAGGACGUGGUUUUAAACUGCGCUAUGACAUUAUUCCUUCUUGGUCCGUUGUGCCUACACCAGCCACUGAUAGGUACAAGCCAGUACCAUGCCACAUGGCAGAUUGCGGCAAACCCCAGGAGCUGCUUCCCAGGAUUGUCGGCGGUCAAGAGUACACCGAGCACAAACACCCGUGGCUCGUAACAUCUUCGAAGGAGAAGUACACGUGGUGCAGCUUGUCCUCCGAGGUCCAGUUUUUGAAGGCUGCGACCCUUUCGAAAGUCUCGAUCCAGGUUUCUGGAUCUUCCGACGAAGCUCCACGGAAGGUGGCCAUCUUCGACAAGUACAGUGAUUUCAUCUGCGUCGGUAGCCUGGUCUCUCCACGCCAUAUCCUGACCGCCGCUCACUGUUGCGAUGGUCAAGAGAGCCUCAGCGUCAAGACGGGUGUGCAUCGUCUCACUGACGGCCCACACCAAGCUGUCCUACGUUGCCACAUGCACCCGCACUACAGGAAGCGCAACCUGGCUAACGACAUUGCUCUUCUAGAGCUCGUCGUCAGUGUCGACUACAACGAGUUUCAGAGGCCCAUCUGUCUUCCUCUGGACGCCAAAGACCUUGUGGGAAAGGACGGUGUCAUCGCCGGAUGGGGUCGAGAGUCUUACGGUGGUCGAGACAGACAGACGCCGAAGGAGGCCUCGGUACCUUUCGUCUCCCAGUCAGAGUGCACGUCGAAAUACGGUGCCAUCAUUCUCGAGUCAAACGUCUGCGCCGGCGGUGACGUGGAAGAUGCUUGUCAGGGUGACAGCGGAGGGCCUUUGAUGUCUACUGCGCACGCUCGCAACCGGGUUGUCCAGAUGGGCAUUGUCUCGACGGGAAUCGGGUGCGGCCGCAAGGGACACCCGGGCAUCUACACCCGGCUGACCUCGUACCACGACUUCGUCUACAACUUAACUCACCAGCAGUGGUGCACGGUGAAGUCGCGGUUGUGAGAAACAGUCGACGGGUGUCGAAGCACAAGUGAACACCUCGUGAAGGGAAAGAAGCUAUAGCUGCAGUUAAUUCUACUGCACCCAUCAUUUUAGUAGCGCGGCACACAGACACCAUUUGUGAAAAAAAAAAAAACUCAAAGAUUCCGUUGCACAUGGAACACCAUGAGAAAAUCUGCGAAUUUUUCAUCAUAUCAACCAUGCCACAGUUUCUCACUAUUCGACUUUCAUCGACUACGUCUCUGUUAUAUGAGCAGUCAAUUCGGCACGGAGAGAGGAUGCCAUCUAUCAUUGCGCCCUCGCUUAACUUUGUAAUUUUCACUUUACCUCAAUCAGACGUACAAAGAGUCCACUUCUUCAAGUAAUAUAUAAUAAAUAUACUAAACAAAAUCACAGCAACAGGAGUUAAUAAUUGAAGGACCAGGUAAAAUGUGAUGCUUGGAAUUAUACUUGGCACUUAACAUCCUUCCCACUAUAGAAAAUAAUAGAGGCGCACUCCACAACCGAGUCCAAGUAAACAUCACGGUGGCGCUUCAUACUAAAGAUAUUUAGGGUGAAGCUUUGAAGCCCCAACUAUCAAAAAAUAAACAAAGAACGCCGUGACAGUCUAGACAUGGGGGUGUCAACAUGUGUUGUUCGUGCUGCGAUAACAACUUGAGUAAAAUAGACGCGUGCCCUGUGGGCGGAGGGUUGCAGGCCCGGUGAGGAGGAGGAGCUUAAUACGAAUGGUCGGCCUUAUACACAGGGUGUCCCAGCUAACUUUAGCCAGAGUUGAAAAAUAUGCGAAUGCUACAUAGCUGGACAGAGCCAGGGUAAUGGUGUUUGCCGUCGCUUGGAGAUACUUAGAUAAUUUUUUUCAUUCCGCCUAAUUAGAUAAUUAGUCCUCGUUAAUUAUCUUCCCAAAUGUUAUAACUAGAUAAAAAGUGUCAACGAGAAAAUUGUAGAGCGACAGGAAACGCUCCCGGUACAGCUUUAUCUUGCGCAAUACGUGCUACAUAAAAGUGACUGUCCGAGCGUGAAAGAAGCCCGCGAAUACACGCAAAAUUGCCGCGCGACUGG